ACAAAACAGGCGUCCCUUUAAAAACCGAGCACAAACACAAGACCCAAUUGAAUUUGGAUUUUUUAUAUAAUUGAAUUGAAUUAGGGUUCCCAAUUUAUCCACAGAAAUCUUAAUUCACUCAUCGUGACUCCUUCCACUUUUCAAUUCACAAAAUCCUUUCUUCUUUAGCAUCUCUGUAUACCCAAUUCGCUUAUUAUAUACACACAAUUCGGCAUAUACACACAGCUAUACAUACAAUUCCCUUUUUUGAAGUUUCUCAAAAUUAGGGUUCAAGAACAUGGAAUUUUUUCAAUUCAGCUCAGGUUUGGAUCAAAUUGACUAAAGAACACGUGGGUGUUUGGAAUUGUGCGAUAAUUUUGGGUAUUUUUAGGGUUAGGGUUAGGGUUUGAAGGAGUUUAUGAUAUGAGUAGGUUAUCAUUUAGGCCUCGUCCUUUGGAUAUACAUAAGAAGCUUCCUAUUGUCAAGAAUUUCAAAGAUUUUGAAGACGAUGACACCCCGUCUUCGACUCGUAAUCAUAUGCUUCGGCUUACUGCUGAACCUGAUAUCGAGGUACAACCACAAGUUCCUACCAAGAAGCAUGCGUCUGAAAUACCUACUCCAGAGUUUGUUAUUGUUGGGACAUAUGAAAGGGACUAUUCCCGCACAUUUAAUCAACCAACGUCAUAUCUGCGUGCGAGGGGAGCCCGGGCAGAGAUUGGGGAGUUUGUUGAGUAUGAUCUUGACAAUGAGGAUGAAGACUGGCUUCAAGAGUAUAACAGAGACAGAAAGACGCUUGAAGCUGAGAAGUUAGAGACGAUUUUGUUCAAAUUAGAGGCAUUGGAUCACAAAGCCAGGGAAAGAGCAGGAGUCAUAGCUCCUACUCUUGGCUCGCCUGUUUCUGUACUUCUAACAUUUGAUGCUGCUGUGGAGGCACUUCAAGCCCUUUCCAUCAAUUUUGGAGUUUUCCGAUCAAUUUAUAAUUACUGGAAAGAAAAGCGGGACCGAUGGCAGAAACCAAUUUUACGGCGUUUGCAGCCUCCUCCACCAGUUAAUGAUACCAAUCCGUAUAACGUGUUUAGGCCCAGGGAGAAAGCACAUAGACUUCAUACUAGAAGGAUGCAAAGGAGGGAAAACAAUGUACAAUCCUUUGAAAAGCUUCGCCAGGUUAGGCGCAACCUUGACCAAGCGAAGAUCUUACUGGAGGCACUAAUCAAGAGAGAAGAGAAGAAAAGAGAAGUCAUGGAAAGUGAAGUUAGCCUUCAAAGAAUUCAAUUGAAGUAUAAGGAUGAACCUGAAUUCCUUGAGGAUAGCUUGGCUCUGCCUGGUUUCUCAACAUUCUCUAGCAAGUUUGUUUCAAGUGAGGAUGAACUGGUAGACUCUGAUGAUGUUUCAAACAGUCUUCCACAGAGUCGCCCUUCUAUGCUACACACUCCUUUCACAGAUUCAAAGUCAGUGAUUGGUUCUGCUGGGAUCAUGAAGCGGGAUCCCAGACGACGUGUUCCAUAUGGAUGGCUCCAUAAAUUGGAUCCACACGAGCCAGUUUUACUGUUUACGAAACCGCUAGAGAAUGUAAAGUUGGCAGCUUCAGGGAUAAAUCCUCCGCCUGAUUCUGCAGUGUCAAAUGGUGCAUCCUCAAAAUCAUUUAGCAUUCGUGGAAGGAUCGGCCGAGGGGGACGUAUAAUAUUUGAUAGAUGGAAUCCACUUGUGCAUAAUUCAGUGGAAUGCGGUGAUUCCUUAUAUAUACCUCCAAAACCCCGCCCUUCAACAAUCAAUUAGUUAGUCCGCCAGAUUCUGCCUUGCCAAGCUUAGAAUCGGACCCUUUUGAAAUCUGCAGUCGUGUUUGAUAAUAUGAUGGGGGAUUUGUGUGCAGUAAGCAUAGGGUAAUUGAAGCAGUUUUUUUUGCUAAAGUAGUGUGCGGUCUUAGAUUACUGCUUUCCAAUUGUACAAUACUUGUUGUCUUGAAAGAAAGUUUAGUUAAUAUAUACAUUCGGAUUCAAGUCGAA